CGGCCCUCGGGAACCUUGGCACACUCUAGCACGUCUUGAAUCUCUUUCGCUUCACGUCUCAAACGCUUUACCCAGCCGCGCUUUUUCCAUUCAUGUUUCACUUCUCUUCAUCGAUGACAAUGUCGUUUUCUUGUUUCAUCUCUUAAAGCUUUAUUUUUUUUGUCCUGGGUUUUUAGCAAAACAUGGAGCUUGGUCUUGUUACAUUGCUGAGAACCGCUUGGAUUGCAGUUACUCUGCCCAUUGUUAUAGCUUCAAUAGCCAGUUCUAAGCUGAGUUCAUUCCAUCAACUUGUUUCGAAGUUUGCAAAGAGAGGGAAAACCAUGCAACCACGUUCUUGUAAAUUCACUGUUCCUGAUAGAUUCUUCUCUCAAGUCUACAUAGUGGCUGUUGUGUGGACAACCAUUUUACUCCUUACAACAUGGUUGUAUGCAUAUAAGAUGGCACCACUGACCUCCGAGUCAUUUCAUAUUUUACAUCUUGCUAGCCACUUGAUGGGAGGUUCUCAUAUCUUUUCAUUUCAUAAAUCUCAUUUGACAGCACUUGAGCACAGAUACAGAAUCUGGCGAACUGUGCUUCUGCUUUUGUUAAUGGAAGCUCAAGUCUUGAGUCGCCUUUUUGAGACAUUUAAUGUAUCUAACUAUACCCCUUCAGCUCGAAUGCACAUAUUUGGCUAUCUAACUGGCUUGUUUUACUACAUAGCAGCACCACUGUCACUUUGCUGCACUCUUGCGCCAAAGGUGUUCAAAUUUACUCUGAACCUGGUGGCCGAAUUCAUUGUUAAAGGAAAGAAUCAGAUGCCAGCUACUGAAAUUGAUUGGUGUGGAUCUGUAAAUCCUCUCAUGAAGCUUGGAUGGCGCCAGUGGAUUGGUAGUGCUAUAUUUCUUUGGGGUUGGAUUCAUCAGUGCCAUUGUCAUGCAAGUCUAGGUUCACUGCAGGCACAUGCAGAACAAGUUGAUGACUACGUAAUUCCUACCGGAGAUUGGUUUGAAAUUGUUUCAUCUCCACACUAUUUAGAUGAGAUUGUCAUAUAUGCUGGUAUGGUUGUUGCUAGCGGAGGAGGAGAUCUGACUGUUUGGCUACUCUUUGUAUUUGUGGUGGCAAAUUUGGGGUUUGCAGCAGCCGAAACGCAUAAGUCGUACCUUAGCAAAUUUGAAAAUUACCCAAGAAAUCGAUUUGCCAGUAUACCAUUCCUCUACUAAUGUUUAUAACUCCUUGUACUAAUUUUUAAUAUCGUGUGCUUGGCUGUGAUUUCAUGUGGCGGUUGAGCAACAAAGUUGCAAGUUUCAGUAUGUUAGGAGGAGGCAUGCUCGGAUGUAUGUGAGCAUAAACUGAUGAUGUUUUAGAAUCACUGAAUGAAUAAUAAUGGUAUAAUGUUAAAGUGUUAUUUCCAGUGCAUGGAUCACUUGAAAUAAAUUGU